GUGAAGUUUUCAACACACAAACUGAGCGUGUACUAAUAUCUGCGACUGAUCUCCAUGUUGACAGGGCCUCUCUUUGAGCCCGAAACGGUGCCCCAAACAAUGGCACCUAAUCUAUGGAGGCCAACGUAUGGAUCCUACUUUACCUACGAUGCGCCACCGUCUGAAUCCAACAAGACCCACAGCUGUCCAGCAAAGCUGGUGGGUCCAAUGUAUGGCCGCUACGCCUCGCGGCCACCCCUCUUCGAACUCGACAGAACGUCCAGACCAGCGGUACCAAAUCAAUGGAUGCCAACUUGUGGAGUUCUUUCUCUCUACGAUGUACCACCGGUCGAAUCCAAUAAGACCAGUUGUCCAGCAGUGCUGACGGGUCCACUCUACGGCCAACAUGACAGCCUGCGGCCACACCUUUUUAGGCCUAUAACGAUGCCCACACCAACGGCAGCGAAUCCUAUGCAAUUCAACUCGGUCUGCAGCGUGCCACCGACUCAAUUCAACGACACCUCUGGCUGUCUGGUGGAGCAGAUGGGGCCACCACACGGCCCUAGUGGCACCGUCGUGCCAACAAUCGGCCUGCUGACGGUUAUACCAGCCCACCAGGAGGCUGUUGACCUGGUCUCACUACGCCCACCAAACACAGCUCCACCCUCGACAUCAGACCGACCACCUAUCCGUGUAAUGCUGCCGAGCCGGCCGUCAUUGAUCAUCCAAGUGCUCUGCGCCGGCGUCGGUUUCUGCUGCACCAGAGAUGUUAUAGCCGUACUCUCUGCAGUCAUCUCCGCGUGGGGCGGCAUGACUCGGAAGAUCAAGGCAGCUUUUUCCAGAUUGAAGAACUGGAUUGUCGCUGGGACGAAGAUGAUCCACUGGCCACAACAAAGCCACCAGCAUUACUUCGAAUCAUUCUCCCCCUGGGUGAUUUCCACAGUGACCAAGGUAGUUCGUUCAAGCCCAGUAGAGGCGCCGGUGACAGUGAUUUUCCCACCUCCGCGGUGGUGUCUCGCCAAGAACAAACCCAAACAGGAAGACGAACAUGACGAAACUAACUCACCUGAAGAUAUUUCAGAAAAUGACAUAUCUGAUGUAGGCGAAACGAAAGAAGUUCUGAUUUUCAAGGUGAAAAACGGGUCAUUUGGCAGAAUUAUUGGCAAAAAGGGCUCCAUUGUAAAGGCGAUGAGGAAUGACUUCAACCUUGUCAUUAUGUACGGGAGAUUGGAUGAGCGACAUUACUUCUUCAAACUGGAAGGAAAAUCUUCUGGUGUUAAGUCAGCCAGAGCUCUGUGCUAUCAGCGGGUACAAUCGGGUUUGGAAGAAAUUCAACCCAUGGACAUAGCACACCGCGUAUCGCCAGAGAACAUUAUCAGUGUUAAAUACUCGUACUUUCCAUGGCAUCACGGACGCAUCGUGGGAAAACAGGCACGAUGUCUCAAGGAAAUACGAGCCAGUAACGUGGCAGUAUGGGUCAACUUUGGCGAGGAGUUUCAUCACAUGGAACUGACAGGGACCCCUUCCAACGUGAGAAAGGCCCAGCUCUGGAUCAUGGAGAAUCUGAAUGCGACGCUGUUCGCGAACAUGCCCGACCUGGUGGAAGCCCCGGAUGUUCAGUUGCCGUCCCAGGCCGGGGAGGACCAGGGCGCAACGGCCGAAGCCGCAGGACCCGAGCCAGAGGCGGUGUGCGGGGUGUGCAGUUGGAAUUGGGCCCAGGCAUCCAGCCAGCACUGAUGAGAUUAUGGAUCCCAGACCUCCACUGAUCGGGUUCCUUCCCCAUCUAACCUGGCCUUCCUGAGGCGCGACCAAUGACGACGUGAUGGCCAACAGACUCGGCGGAAACCCGGUCCUUAUAGACUCUCUGUGAGCCAUAGACUCAAUCUGACCCUUAGAUGCUGAGGCUUACCCCGUCACCAGACUGCACAUCUGUGCGUGCUGUUUUCAUUAAGCAUGCAGUCUGGUUCCCUUAUCAUCGAGCUAGUGGUGAAACCCUGGGGUUAAGGACAAUUGUAAAAAAAUUGUAUAUAUUGUAGAUAUCAUUGUAAAUAGUGUAAAUAUUGUACAGUCAAAAAAA